AAUUGAUCUCGGCCUUAUCCCUGACGUGACCGAGAUAAAAGGAGGACCGUUGCCCUCCAUGCGCUCUGAUCGGGAGCCCCAACCAACAAAUGGUGGUGGUCCCACCUUGUGCUGCGCUUGAUAAAAACCAGGGGGGAGUCCCGUAGGGCAUGUGACUAGUUUUUCGCAUGUUAGGCUGAUCUCCCCCCCACAACUCUAAUCCGAUCCUAAGAGAACGCAGUAAACAAGGUGAAGGCUACUGCCGCCUCUUCAUCUAAUACGUGCUGGUGAUCGACUACAUCGGCAGAGCCUCUUCAUCACGCCGGCAACCACUUCACCAUCAUCAGAUGGCGUCACCGAACUCAGCUCUUAACGCUUCCUCUAUUGCCGCCACUAUUGACGGCAUAGAGCAACUCACGGGCAAUAAUUUUCCUGCUUGGAAAGCUAAGGUGACUGUUGUCCUUGGUGUUUUAGACCUGGACUAUGCACUCAGGGUUGACGCUCCCACAGCUCCUGCCAUUGGCGUGGAAAAUUAUGAUGAAUUAAAGAAAACUUAUGAUGCACUUUCUGAGAAGUGGGAGCGGUCCAACCGCAUGUCUCUUAUGAUAAUGAGGAACUCAAUAUCAGAUGCUAUAAGGGGAGCAAUCCCAAACUCAGAAAAAGCUAAAACGUACUUGGCAUCUGUGGAGGAGCAAUUUAAAGGCACCUCCAAGGUUUAUGCCAGCACACUGAUUCAGAAGCUCCUCAACACUAAGUAUAAUUAUGGGUCCGGUGGCAUAAGAGAACACAUCAUGAUGAUGACAGAUAUGGCUGCCAAACUCAAGGGCAUGGAUAUGGAAAUCUCUGAGAGUUUCCUUGUCCACUUCAUUAUGACCUCUCUCCCUCCUGAGUUUACUCCUUUUAAGAUAAAUUACAACACUCAGAAAGAGAAGUGGAGCAUGAGCGACUUGAUUGCAAUGUGCGUCCAAGAGGAAGAGAGGGUGAGGGCUGAAAAUAAAGAUUUUGUGAAUCAAGUAAGCAGCCCUAAGAAUAAGAGAAAAUUCCAAGGGGAUUUCAAGUCUAAAAAGAAGUUGCAUUUCGUCGCUAAACACGACAAGGCAGCACAGAGGGCGCCCAAGGCAUUUGCUCCUUCUGCUCCUGCCUCUCAAGAAUCUAAAGAUGACGGAUGCCACUUCUGCCACAAGAAGGACCACUACCAAAAGGAUUGUGUUGGUUUCCUGAAGUGGCUUGCAAAGAAGGGGAUUCCUUACCGCGAGAACAUUAAGAAAGGGGGAGCGAAGUCUUAGAGUGGCCAAUGGGAAGGAAGCUCAAGUUGAAGCUAUCGGAUCCCUUCCAUUAGUUCUUAAUAAUGGCUUCACUCUUAGAUUAAAUAAUGUAGUUUAUGUUCCUUCUAUGAGGAGGAAUCUCAUUUCAGUUUCGAUGUUAGAUGAUGAUGGUUUUCAUUGUAAUUUCGGAGACAAUAAAUGCAUUCUUAAAUUUAAUUCA